AUGGAAAAUCCACUUUCUGAUUUUAAAGGCAAUUACGAAGAAUCUAAAGAGAGCUUGAUUAAAGAAAAUCUUUUAUACUCGCCAGCUGAAGAAAACACAGAGACAGAUUUAUCUAGAAUUCAGCAGUAUCGAGAUCUUCAUGCCGUUGCUUCUGUAUGCAAUCCAAUUAUAAAAGAAGGCACAUUUAAAAAAUACGUCAUCUAUACAAUCAAAGGCAGUGAUUCAACAGGAAUUUUUGAAGUCGCAAGGCGCUAUAAAGAAUUCCGAGCCCUUCGACAAUUAUUAGUCAGAAAUUGGCCUGGAUGCUAUAUUCCUCAGUUGCCAGGAAAACAAGCUUCUGUAAUUUUCUAUUCAGGGUAAUUUUUUACCAAAUUUUAUUGAGCAGAGAAGAAAGCUGCUUGAUUUAUUUAUAUGCAAACUUAUUUCCCUGCCUUAUUUCUACAGAUCAGAAGAAUUCCAAACCUUUAUUAGAGGCGGAUCAUCAGACUACAAAAAAUUGGCAGGGGACUGUAAAAAAUAUGACUAUAACGAAAUUUCUGAAAAUUAUCAAGCAGUUUUUAGGGAAUUUUUGAGCCAAAAAGUCACUGACGAAGACGAAAGAAAUUUAGAAAAAUUGUUGAGCACUUUUGAGGAUGGACUCGAAAAUUUGCAAAAAUUCGAAAAUUCAUGCAAAAUCAGCGUGGAUUAUUUUGGGAUUUAUGAUAAAGAAUUAUCAGGGCUGAUCCAAGGCAUAAAAAAUGUAAAUAAAUUGUACGCAAAUGGAUUUGGUGGAAGAGAAAUAAAUGUGGAAAUUAGAGAUACUUAUACAAAUCCGUUUUAUAUAUUAUUAGACUGGGCAAGAGCUGAAAUUCUAGAUCAGCAAAGUAUUAUAGAAGCAAUCCAAAAGAAAUCUGAAUUUAAAAAAAUUUUAGACAAAGCUGAAGGGAAUUUUGACUCUGAAAAACAAAAAUUGCAAAAAAUGCAUACAGGGAGAAAACCGAUAUCACAAAUAUUUUCAUCAAAAUCCAAACAAGACCAUAAGCUCAUUAAGAUAAAUAGUUUAAAAAUAAUUUUUUAUAAUAAAAAUAAAUGCGUUUUUAUUCGAAAAAAUAUAUUAAAAAUGCUGAGUCAAAUCAUCAGUAUUUAGAAAAAGAAUUACAAAGCAUUGCAAUGAUAAAUAAAAUUAUAAGCCUGCUGCUGAUUAGAAGAGAAAUACCAAGGUUUAAGCAGCAAAAAGCAAGCCGAUACGAAACAAUGAUGAGGAAUUUUGCAUGCGCGGAGUGUCAGGAAUUUGAGUAUAUUGUAUCACAAGCUCUACAAAUACAAGACUGCCUUAAUGUUACUGAUUUAAGUCAGCAGUAG